AUGAAGCUUUCACUUGUUUUUCUUGCUGCUGUUGUUGGUGUUGCUCAUGCACACGAUGACCAACAAGACCAAAAUCAGAACCAACAAACUAAUGAUCAUAACAAUCAUCACACCCAGACUCAUACUCAAAAUCAAAACCAAAACCAACAAACCCAAGACCAUGACAAUCAUCAUUCUGAUACUAACAAUCAAAAUGGCCAAAAUGAUCAAAACACAAAGGACCAAGUUGCAUUUUUUGCAACCGCUUUUACUCCUUAUUACGGAGAGAACCCUGGAUUGAAAACUUGGUUCUCGUCGUAUUCCUCUCUUAUUAAGCAACUGCCUGAGAACUACAAGCUUUACCAAACACUUUUUAGAGACCCUGUAUUCACCAGUUGGCAAACUGAAUAUGACCACCAAAAGACAGCUGCUACCACUUCUCCAAAGAAGACUUUGGAUGAACCUUCUCCAACAAAGACAGAACAGCAAAUCAUCUCGACUCAAUCCACAGCCACUACCGACAAAUUGGUAGAAACUUUCCCAACUGCCAUUGAAAACCCAUCAGCUUCAACUCCAGAAAAGGUUAAGAGUGCUACUGAUAAAUCUCCAUCAGAGACUGAAACCCAACAAGAAGUCAAUGAAACAACUUCAACCAGUAGCACUACCAAGGGCAAUAAAGCUAAAACAACCACCACCGCUUCUACAGAGAGUGCCAGUACCGGUUCUAGUAGUGCCACGUCCUCCUCAACUACCAGUUCUGCGAAUCUUGGGUCCAAUGACUUUGCUCCAAUGGGAGCUAUUAUCGCUGCCUGUGCUAUCGCACUUCUUUAG